ACCGGAUGCCGGAAAACAGUAAGAGCAGGCACCGGCCGGUCGCUUGGUCUCCCGCAUCAAAAUCUCCAUAAUAGACGCGUACAUGGACUGGAGUUCCAGGUGGCACUACUCACAUCAUGAUCAGGCGAGUCGGCCGGAGGGAAUCUAGUCUGAUCGAUGGAGGUGGGGAGGAUCGGCAGAUGCUUGGCUCUCAGGACACAGGAACAUGCACGAGAGCAAUUUACUGCAGACGACAAAGGGAGGGUGGCAUCGGUUGUCGCCGGUCGACGUUGACGGAAUUGCCUGCACAUGGCGAGCUGUUCCGGGAUUGGGAUUGCAGGAGGUGUCGCAGAGUGUCGUCUAGUAGUCAGUGGUUAGUGGUUGGGGGUGGGAGUCGUGGAAAAAUGGUCGUCGCCAGCGUGAAUGGGAGGUCCCGAUUCCACCCGGACUCACACGAGACGCGUUGCCACAUUGGGAUCCCGGAAUUCCUGCGACUGCAACUGUCGAUGUUUGUAGGGAAGAAUAUAAUUGGAGACCAACAAAUGUAUAAAGUAGUAACUGUAGUAGGUGGUGGGUGGUGGAUGGGUGUGUGUGCCUGGCAUGUACAUUUUACAUACAUGCAUACCUACUUUGGUAGUGCAAAUGGCGGGGGAAAUGCCCUGAGAUCGAAUGAUGUCGCGCGUUCAAGGCCCAGACUGGGUUUCGAUUGCUCCACACAAGAACAAGAUCAUUGAACAUAUCUUAUCAACUUAUCACUCUAUCAUUGACGACCCCGCAGAUAUGAGGCAUAUCUUGUUUUCAUUUUUGCCUCUCGUGUUCUUUUUUGUUUGUUCGUUUCAUGCGGUGGAAUCAGAACGCUGACCAGCUGGACUCGUGAUAUGGGCGACAAUCGGUACAAAUCCUUUCACAGUGCAUAAAUCUUGCAGCGUACUACCCAUGAUGAGGUUGCGUGACUGGAGAGCCUUUCUAUCUUCUCUCGCAAAGCAGAAGCUUAACGAUUAAUGGCACAGGUGCAAGAGAUAGAGAGAUGGAGAGACUUGUAUGAGAGGACGUCCAGGCGGUGAGCGAGGUCACCAAUUCCGGGUACUGCAGGUGCGGUAAAUUCAGCGGUGUCGAGUCAUGCAGUCGAAAACAGAGCAUGUCUUUCCAGACCUA